AACCGGCAUUCCCUUCUUUUUGCGGCCGUCAUCGACUGCACCGGCCGAUCCGCUGGGCGCUGCGUGCAUCCCUCGGCCUCGCGGGGUAACUAAGGGGUAGCAAAGGAGCGCCCCGGCGACUGGUCGCUCGGAACUCUUGUAUUGUGGUGUUCGGUGCGUGCCAGAACACAGCACAGCACAAAUGGCUUCACACGUCCAGCCGGCGUUGCGACACGCUGCCGACGCUUCAUCCCAGACCGCGACGGAGCUCGCCAAACGCAUCUCGAUCCCGCUCUUACCGAACAGCCCUGCCGGCUUAGUACAGGCUCUCACGGUGGAUCCAUGGUCACAGUCCGGCAAGUAUGGGCUGGGCUGGACGUACUUCGCCAUCGUUCUCGGGGGGCUGGCGGUGCUCGUGAGGAUAUGGCACUACUGGCAGGACAAGAUCCGGCAGGCCAUCUACAAGCAGGAGAUGGAGCAGCACUUCCAGACCCUGUACUCCUUAGACCCCGGGUGGGACAGGUCGGCGGCCCUGGCGACCGGCGUCACGACAUCCGAGUCGAGGCGGCAUUUCUUCCCCGAUGAGCCACCCGCUCAGGUGAAGAACUUCAGGCCGAAAGCGCACUUUUCGUCGGUCGGCUUCGUCAACGACACAUUGGCCCUUUUCCGAUGGGUUUUCUACCGCCCCAUUCCGGAUAUUGUGUGGCGGAACCACCGGUUUACCUUCUCGUCGCUCGCCGUGCUGGGAUGCGCCUUCAUCGCCCUCUCGUUCGUGACGGUCUACUGCUUCUUGCAGCAGCCGCUGUACUGGCAGAGCAUCCGGUUCGGGUCACCGCCGCUGGCCAUCCGCUCCGGCAUGAUCGCCGUCGCCAUGACCCCCUGGAUUUUCGCGACGAGCACUAAGGCGAACCUCCUGACCCUGAUCACGGGCAUUGGGCCCGAGCGGCUCAACGUCUUUCACCGCUGGCUGAGCUAUCUGUGUCUCUUCCUCUCGCUGGUCCACAUGAUCCCCUUCUACAUCCAGCCGGUCUGGGAGGACGGUGGCAUGGAGGUGUUCGGCGCGCUGUUCCCCCCCGGGAGCGGGAUCAUCUACGGCACCGGCAUUGCCUGCCUCGUCCCCCUGUGCUGGCUCUGCGCCGCAUCGCUGCCCGUCAUCCGCAGGAAGGCGUACGAGAUCUUCGCGCUCCUCCACGCGCCCGUCGGCUACGUCUACCUCGGCGUGCUGUUCUGGCACACCAAGAAUUUCCUUAUGUCUUGGGGCUACUUGUAUGCGUCGAUCGGCAUCAUCGUGCUCUGCAACAUCCUCCGCCUGUUCAAGCUGAACUGGGCCAAGCCGUGGCGCAUGUCGUGGCUCAUCGGAGACGAGGCGGCCAUCAACAUCAUGACGGAGAAUGCCAUCAAGAUCACCAUCCCGACCCAGAUGCGCUGGAAACCGGGCCAAUACGUGUACCUGCGCAUGCCGGGCAUCUCGCUGCUCGAGAACCAUCCGUUCACCAUUUCCUCCCUGUGCAGCGACGAUUUCCCUUCGGUAUACGGCGAGGAGUACCGGGACUGCGUGCUCGUCUUCCGCCCGUUCGGCGGCUUCACGCGCAAGGUGCUCGAGACGGCGAUCGAGAAGGGGCCCUUCCACACCUACCGUGCCUUCCUCGAUGGCCCGUACGGCGGGAUGCGCCGCGAGCUGGCGGCCUUCGACACGUGCAUCCUGAUCGCCGGCGGGAGCGGCAUCACGUCCCUGAUGUCGCAGCUACUGAACCUGAUCAAGCGCAUGCGGGAUGGGAAGGCCAUCACCAAGAAAGUCGUAGUGGUAUGGGCGCUGAAGCGACUGGAAGCCAUGGACUGGUUCCGCGAGGAGCUGCGCAUCUGCCGCGAGUCGGCCCCGCCGGAGAGCGUCACCUGCAAGUUCUUCGUCACGGCGGCGGUGAGACCCAAGGCCAACCCUGCCGGGUACCAAGGCCGUGCUCCCCGGCCGCUUAGCAAUGCUUUCCACGACAAGCUGGAUGGGUUCGUGGCGGGCAUCGCGAGCAAGCGCAACAGCGCGCUGAUCGCGGCCGAGGCGCAGGGCGACCCGGACAAGGAGCGCGAGCUGCGGCGCGAGGAUGAGGAUCGCAUCACGGCGUUGCCGCAGCAGAAGUACCUGCAGCCGCACACUUUCCCUCCGCCGCCACCACCCGGCCCGCCUCCCAACAAGACUGGCUUGUCACCAGCCGAGGAGGCGCUCAAGAAGCUCGAGGGUCGUAACAGCGAGUCUAAGACGAUUGAGCACGAUCUUCCCGAGGGCAAACACGGCACAGGCGGCCAAAGGAAGCACGAUGGCGAAUUCCACUUCCCGCCUCUCGGCGCGCGCGGCGCCGGCGCUCCUCACUUCAACUUCGCGCCGCCAGCAGGGAGACAGCGCUACAGCCAAAUCCUUGCCGAAGCAGACUCCCGCGUAAGCCAAGCGGGUGGCGAAUCUGCAAGCGACACGAAAGAGGGACAGCGAAAACAACAACAACAAGAAGAAGAAGAAGAACAGGAAGUCGACAGCGACAAGAAGACCAACGGCGGCCCGGCCCCCGUGCAGCCGCCAGAGCUCGCACACCUGCGGACCGACGUGGGCGCAGCCUCCGCGCGGCGGCGGCCCACCAGCACCUUCGGCCCGCCGUCCGGGUUCGACUUCGGCUUCCCGGAGACGCCGACCGAGUUCCAGCGGUCGCUGAUGCGGUUCGCCUUCCCCGUGCCGCACGAGAUCGACGGCGGGUGGAGCGUCGAGUACGGCCGCCCGGACCUGGGCUACAUGCUCCGCGAGUGGGCCACGGGGGGUCCCGACGGGCGCGGCAUCCUCGGCCGGCGCACUGCCGUGUUCGUGUGCGGUCCGCCCGCGAUGCGCGUCGGCGUCGCCAACACGGUCGCCCGCCUGCAGGCGGAGAUCUGGGGCGACGAUAUGCUCGAGGAGAUCUUCUUGCAUACGGAGAACUACGCCCUGUGAGAGAGGCACAUAUCUGUGGAGGGAUGGAGGGGUUGAGUUUGGGAGUGGGAAGGGACAAUGGAAACAUGACUGGGGGCGGCGUUCUCGGCGGCAGGAGAUACCACGCUGGAUUAUUUUGUACAACGGCUUGGAUACCAAGCGGCUCGGUCGACCGGACAAGCGGCCUGAGUCCGCGGCGUUUUCUUCUUGUUGCCCUACUCUGUUUUGGCCUUGUAUCUGAGGAUGCUGAUGAGGCUCAGUCAGCUGCGGGCCGCGUGCUGGCCUCGUUCCUUUGUUUGAGGUACAUCAAAGGACCGCCGCUUUCGGGACGGCCCCUGCU